CUGCCUUAAUCUCAUGUUUAUACGGUGCAGAAGACGAAAUCUGCCUACAGUUCGGUCAUUUCAUUUUUCAAUUUCCUUCUGCUGCUACCUGCUAGGGUUUAAAUCAAAUCAAGCGCAGACACAGAGACGAAUAGAAAGAAACUGAGGUGUGAGGCAAAUCCCCAACAGGUGACUCUUUCUUUUUCUUCCGUAGUUUUCAAUGCGUUUGUUAAAACUUUGCUUGGAACUUCCGCAAUUCCGGCCUACAGCUUCUGCAAUUAGCUAUGGCUACCUCUCCACUCACAAAUGCCACAAAGAAUUCUCAACAGUCACGGAUUCACAACCACUCACACUUUCUUACCUGCAAAAUUCCUGUGGAUUGCCCUUAGAAUCGGCCAUUUUAGCUUCUAAAAAGCUGCGUAUUUACGCCACUCAUAACCCCGAUUCGGUCUUGAACUUACUCAAAAGUCACGGGUUAACCCAGAGCCAUAUCAAAAGCUUGAUUACAAAUCGUCCGUCCUUACUUUUGGUUGAUCCGGAUAAAACCUUGAAGCCCAAUUUGGAGUUGUUUAGGACUCUGGGGUUUUCAACCACCAGUCUCGCCAAAUUGCUGAACAUGCAACCUAAAGUUCUUGAGGUUGAUGCUCCCGCAGUUGUUGACUUUUUUAGAGCCAGUAAUUUUGCAGAAAAACAGAUAGCGACUUUAACUAUCAAGCGUCCUGCUUUGUAUUUAUUUAAUGCGCAGAAGAAAUUUAAGCCGAAGAUAGAGUGUUUCGAGUCUUUGGGAUUUUCAGCAACUGAAAUCUCAAAAAUUUUAUCCACAGAGCCUGCUAUUCUAGAGAGAAGCCUAGAAAACCAAAUCAAACCUUCCAUCUCCAUACUUAGGGAUAUUCUUGGCAAUGACAAGGACAUUGUAGAAGUAAUUAAGAAAAACUACAGGAUACUUGAAAUCAAUUUGGACGAGGUGUUGGUGCCCAACAUAUCAUUGUUGGUUAGCCAUGGUGUACCCAAAGAAUUAUGUUUAAAAAUUUUCUUGAUUGAACCAAAGUCUUUGCUUGUAAGGGGUCCUCGUUUUGGUGAAAUUGUAAAUGAAGUAAUCAAUUUGCAUUUUGAUCCGAAUAACCUGCUAUUUGUUUUAGCUGUUCGAUCCAUGGCAAUUAUGAGUAAAACACUUUGGGAGAAGAAGUUGGAAGCUUUUGGAAGUUUUGGUUUAUCUAGGGAUGAAAUUUAUUCUGCAUUUAAGUUGCAACCUAUGUGUAUGAUUUGUUCAGAGAAGAAAAUAAGAAAAUCCAUGAAUUUCUUUGUGAAUAAAUUGAGUAUAACUCCCUUAACAAUUGCCAAGAAUCCAAAUCUUCUAUUGUUAAGCUUGGAGAAGAGGAUUAUACCAAGGUGUUCAGUGCUGCAAAUUUUGAUGUCAAAGAACUUAAUUAAGGAAAAUAUUAGCAUCAUCUAUAUCUUCAGAAUGGCAGAGCUAAAGUUUGUGGAGAAGAUUGUGACUAAGUAUCAGGAUCUGGUUCCUAACAUUGUUGACGCACACCAAGGCAAGAUAGAAUUCACAGGAUUUCUCACUGAUCCGAAAGUAUAAGAUCUAUGACACAUCAUGUGAUUGGGAUGCAUAAAGUUGCUUUGAGUUUGGAAAGAGUUUGUCUUGAUGGAAACAGGCCAUUGAACAGGUCUAUUUUUAUUUUAUACUUCUAUCAUUAUUCAUUGACCAUAACAUGAAAAUGGUUUUUCAAGGAAUAUAAAGCAGAAUUGUGUAUGUUCAUGAUGAACAUAGAUCAUCAGCUUCUUGACAAUUUGCUGGUACACUACUAUUGGCAGCUUGGCAAUUUGUAAGGAAGCAAUUUUGCUAUCAAAGGAACCAGCUUGAGGUCUGAGAUCGUUUUAGGAAUCAAAAGUCCUAUGGCCCUUAUUAUGUGUUAUUGGUGGCGUCAAGGAAGUUCAGGUUUAGUACUUCUGUACUAGUUUUUUUAGGGGUGAGAGUGAGUAAGGCUACCAGAUAAGACAUCCCGGUUGUCAGGAAACUCGCUGGUAUGUCAUGACUGUUUUGAUCAUAAGGCUACCAAAUAGGGAUGCUGUCAGGCCCAAAUUUGGCCCGAAGCUUGAUUCAAAGGCACAUGAAGUUAAAAUUCAGUUUAAAAUAAAGGUGGAGUUAAGGAGCAAAGCUUGAAUGAACUCAAAUUCAAACUUGAAGAAGCUCAGAGUUGGACAAAAUCAAAUUUGGUGAGUUUGAUAAUAUUUAUGUUUUAAAUUAUUGUACAUAUUAAAUAACAUUCCUUGCAUGCUUUUAUCUAAAUUUUAUAAUGUUUUUAAUGAAAACGUGUUCAUAUGUUAUUGAAGUGUUAUUCGGAGCGAA